AUGUACAAUCCGUAUCAGCAGCAGGGCAUGAAUUACCAGCAGCAGCAGCAACCGACUGGGUUCUACCCGCAGCAGCAGCAGCAGCAAGGUCAACCCACAAAUCAAACUCAGAGCCAGCCUCAACCGCAGCAGCAAAUGGGGUUUAACCAACCGCAAACAACUGGCAUUGCUGGAAUGCCUCAAAACUUUGGUAACUCUUUUGCUAAUAUGUCACAGCAGUCGCAAACGGGUUACAAUAAUAACGGUAACAACGGUAAUGUGUAUGGUAGCAGCGGUUUUGGCCAACAGCCUCAACAGCAACAACAACAGGUGAAACCGCAACAUACAGGUUACAUGCCUAGUACCAACAUCGGUGCUAUGAUGAACACCACAGGCUCCAUUCCGCCACCUAAUCCAGCUCAACAGCCUCAAUUACAGUCCAUGCAGCCCCAAGGUACAGGCUACUAUCAAUCUGCCAAUACUGCAAAUGCUCCUCCAGUCCAACCUUUGCAAUCUCAAGGAACGGGUUAUUAUGCGUCUACGCCAAAUUUGAUUUCUUCUAAUCAACCUCAGCAACCUCUCCAAGCUCAGAGCACAGGCUAUUAUCAAUCUCAGCCUCAGCAAGCGCCUCAACAAGCUCAGCCUUUGCAGCCUUUGAAGCCGCAGCAAACCGGAUUUUACGUUCAACAACAGAACCAACCUCCGUUAGAGCCAUUGAAACCCACUGCAACUGGAUUUGUCAAUUCAUUCGCCAAUAAUGGUCUGAACAACGACAUUAAGAUUCCCGCUAUGAGAUUGUCGUUUAUCACUGCACAAGAUCAGGCCAAGUUCGAGACUUUGUUCAGAUCGAUUGUAACUAACGGUUCAAAUACUGUUUCCGGGGCUAACUGCAGGAAAAUUUUGAUGAGAUCCGGCCUAGCACCAUCUCAAUUGGCAAGAAUAUGGACCCUCUGUGAUACAUCAAGGGCAGGUGAGCUACUAUUUCCUGAAUUCGCGUUGGCCAUGCAUUUGAUCAACGAUGUCUUACAAGGUGACUCUAUCCCUUAUGAAUUGGACUCCAAGACGAAAAACGAAGUUUCAAGUUUUAUUGACGCCAUCAAUUUGAGUAUUGCUAAUCAGGAUUCUUCCACUAGCAAUGCUCCAAAGACUCCCUUUGACGAAUUCAUUACCUCAGGCGUACAAAAUUUGCAACCUCAACCAACAGGCUUCAUGCCUCAAACCAGUUUUGGUAUUCCAUUGCAAUCCCAGAUGACCGGUGGUGGCGUUGGCCCAGCGUUGAAUCCUCAAGCCACGGGGAUGAUGGCCCCCACUACUUUUAACAUGUCAAUGAAUACUGGUACCCCAGGAUUGACUACUCAAAUUACCGGAGGGGCACCCAUGCCUAUGUCUAUGCAACCUAGCAUUACUGGCAACACUUUGCAGCCUCAGACAACUGGUAUGAUGCCACAAACUUCCUUUGGCGUUAAUUUGGGACCGCAACUGACUGGCGGCGCUUUGCAAUCUCAGUACACGGGAGGAUAUGGUUCUGUUAUGCCUCAGCAAACCAAUAAUGUAAGCAUGCCCAAUUUGUCCUUCAAUCAGCAGGGGCUACAAUCUCAGAUAACCGGUUUGCAACCUCAACCAACUGGUUUUCUGCCACCAUCCAACUUCAGCGCUACUAUGCCAUUAACUGCGCAAAAGACUGGGUUUGGUAAUAAUGAAAUUUACACACAAUCGAAUUUUGGUAAUAACUUAAUUGACAACUCAAAUCAAGAAAAAAUUUCCACGGAGGAGAAGUCCUUGUUCUAUAAGAUUUUUGAAACUUUUGACACUCAAAACAGAGGCUUAUUAGAUUCUCCCACGGCAGUUGAAAUUUUUAGAAAAUCUGGUUUAAACCGUGCUGACCUAGAGCAGAUUUGGAAUCUUUGUGAUAUAAAUAAUACUGGUCAGUUGAAUAAACAAGAAUUUGCGCUGGGUAUGCAUUUGGUUUAUGGCAAAUUAAGUGGAAAACCUAUUCCCAAUGUGCUCCCUCCCAGUUUGAUCCCUUCGAGCACAAAACUUUUGGAUAAUUUAAAAAAUCAAUUAAAGACUGAACCAAGCACUACAAAGGAAAAGGCUUCAUUUGGUAAAAUUGAUGCCUUGAGUUACAAAAAUAACGAUGAUGACGAUAUUUUGCCAAACUAUAGAAAUCGUAGGAAGGUUUACUCUGCAACGAAUGAAGAGCAGCCCUCUUCUCCUUCACCUGAUAAAGUAGAGAAUCAGUCCAGUACCUCCGUUCAAAAUAGAUUUGUUUCAGAGAGUAAACAGCCAGCUGGACCUAAGUAUGCUGAAUUCUCAAGAGAGGUUAAUUUGAAGAAUAUUGUUGCUUUGGAAAGUGAAAUCAAAAAUAUCAAAAGUCCUCAGACCUUUUAUGAUGACUCUAUUCCAUCUGGUUUAACAAACCGCUUCGAUGCUAUCAUUGCUAAACUUCCAAACUUAUUCAAUGAAAUUUCUACAAUUGAUAACGAGAUUACCAACGCAAAGAUUCAGUUGUAUAGAAAGAAGAAUCCCUCUUCAAUUAUUGGGUCUGGUCCAAAUGGUGAGAUAACCGAAAAUGACAGAAAGAAGGCGAAAAGUAGAGCUUUGUUGAGAGCAAGGAUGUCUGCUCUCACCGGGAAAUCUUCAGGGUCAGAUGGUUCACUUUCCAUGGAAGAUGAACAGCAAAACGCUGAAAUCAAGAGAAUUCAGCAAGAAAAUGGCAAGAACCAAGAAAUUAUCAGGGACAUACGAUCAUCUAUUUCAGACAUUUCUGCCUCUUUAAAAUCUACAAUGACAGGAUCGGAGAUGAUCUCCAAUCAAGAGUUUGAAAGAUGGGAAUUUGGUAUCGGUUUAGAAGAUGCUGUUCGUGAAUUUCUGGAUGAUCUGAAGUCAAACACCAACAAAUUGGUGAUCGAACCGUCUCCGUUUAUACCUUCAUCGACUCCAACACCUGCAGAAGAUCGUGCUUCGUCACCUUCUUUUUCUCAAUUUCAAACUGCCGGGGAAAGAGCUGCGUACUUGAAAGAACAGGCAAAAAAGAGGAUGAAGGAGAAGUUAGCUAAAUUUGAUAAGAACAGACGAAGUGCAACUCAGCGUUCUAGACCAACCGUGGGCGAAAAUCCCCAAGAACAACAACAGCCUUCAGGUGUUUCCAGUUUCGUUGAACCUAAAGAAACUCCAUUCAAAGAAGAAGAAAAUGUAGAACCUGCUCAACCUGCUCAACCUGCUCAGCAUGUUUACAAUUCGAAGCAAGAAUCUGACGGUGAGGAUGAAGAUGAGGAGGAAAAACGUUUACAAGAACAACUAAAACAAUUGAAGCUCAAGAAAAGAACGGAGAAAGAAAAGAGACUUGCAGCUUUACGUAAACAAAUUGAAGAUGCUCAAAAUGAGAGCGAUGACGGGGAAGAAACUGUAGUAGUCAACUUAGGUGGCCCUGCCAACGUUCCUCAAGUUGCGCCAGUUGCACCACCAACACCUUCUGAACAACGUCCAGUUAAUGCCUCUGGCUCAGUAAGUGCCGCUGCUACCACCUCUGUCAAUACGGACACUAUGGUUUCGUCAUCUAAAAGCCAUAAUCCAUAUUUUAAGGAUACUUCAGCUGGCUCCACAUCUAACUUUGAUUCUCAUGCGGCAGAAACGCAGAGAAGGAUUCAAAGAGGUUUGGAUGAGGAUGAGGAUGAUGGAUGGUCUGAUGAUGAUGAGACAAGUAACCGCCUAGCUGUAAACGAUAACGUCAAACAAGCAAGUGCUAAUCAAUCCAACCGUACACAAGAUUUUCCUGUUGCAACUGCUCCCAUACCCACUCCUGCUACUAUUCGAUCCGCUGCGCCCAUUCCGUCUGCUGCUCCUAUUCCACAGAGAUCUUCUGCGUCAGCAACAGGAUCCCUCCAAGCAAAUGGCUCUAAUGAAAUCCGUGGUCUCACUCCAGCAGCUCCAACUUUACCUGGUGUUGUUCAAGGGUCACCUAUCCCAUUGGCUCCUCCUUUGCCCACUGUAAGUGAAUCUCAAGGACCACCAGUUCCGUUAGCCCCUCCGCUACCUAGCGCUGUGCAAAUAUCUAGCGCUUCCACCCCGGCGCUAGUUGGAAGUGUUUUGCCUCCUCCUCCAUCCUUGCCAACCGAACAAGCCUCCAUUUCUGAACCCAAUGUCGUUCACAUUGGUAAUAGAAAUGGUCUUGGAGAUGACUUAGGCGCAUAUGGACACGAAUCUGAUGAUGAUGAUGUUUUAUCGAUUCCCGAAUCAGUUGGUUCAGAUGAUGAGGAAAAAGAUAUUCCGCCAAUUCCAACUGCAGGCAUUCCACCGAUUCCAUCCACAGGUAUUCCUCCACCUCCACCCCUGCCAUAA